AUGGAUCACAUCCCUCGUCUAUCAGAGGUCCUGUAUGUUGGACUGUGUCGUAAGAUAGGGACACCGACAGAAGUGGCCAUCAGAAGGGACGUGUUGGACAUGGAUGAGAUGAUUAGGAAACCUGUUCAUAAUCAUAGAGGCUGUGCUAUAAUGGAAAGUGGGAGUUAUAGAGAAGGAUUUAGGUUAACAUCAUCUGACAGGGAUUCAAUGUUCUGGCAUUGCAAUUAUAAACUAAUAACUGACAUUUCCCAGUCUCAGUUUUAUUAUAACACAAAACAUAUCAUUUUACUUAUGGAAGAUUCUGAUACACCACCAGGAUUUGUCAAACUGCGCCUCCUGACACCAGUUCUGAUAUCAUGCCUUGUUCUCUUUAAUGGUGGGACUUAUUUAUCUAGUCGUCUGUGGAGAGAAAAAUAUUUUCAGGACAAGAUUACGAAAGGUUCCUACAGUAAAAAUAUCAGAAUCCAUGGUCCAUGUAGCAGUGGUUUCUUUGGACUUCUUGAAUUUGAUGAAGCUCAUUGUUUAGCUACUUUUUCUUGGCCUAAACUAUUAGGAAAUUGGGUUGAAAGAUGUCAGAGGCAUACCUGGCCGCCAAUACCUGUGUUAGAAAAAAUCCUAAAAAUUGAAUGUCACUGUGUGCCUAUUGGUAGUAAAGUUGAUGCGACUUCUAACGAAUUGGAAUGGAGAUUAUCAUUUUCUCAAGCCGAGCAACAACUAGUGUGUAGCAUGAAUCAUACACAAUUUCUAUGUUACGGACUACUGAAAAUAUUUCUGAAGGAAGUUAUCAACUGCUGGGAAGAUAAAUUACUGUGUUCAUAUCACAUGAAGACCACAUUGUUCUGGAUGAUACAAUCAGGACAAGUUAGAUGGUGCCCGAACAACUUACUAGAUUGCUUUUGGAUGUGUUUUAAAUAUCUUCUCCAUUGUGUUUAUCGUGGAGACUUUCCUAACUUUUUUAUUCCAAAGAACAACAUGUUCAUAAACAAAGUUGUUGAGGAUGCACAUGAAUCUCUUCUACAGCAGCUUUAUCAGUAUUACAGAAAGGGCGUGUCCUGUCUACUGCUUAGUCCGACUCUUAGAUCAAUCCUAGAACCAGCCCUCAGUAGCCCGUCCUAUGUGUUAUCCCCUGUUGAGGGAGAAUUUAUGAGUGUUGCAGAAUUAUAUAAAUGUGGCAUAAAUGAAUUGCGUAAUUUAACUUUUACUCCUCAACAAAAAUGGGCAUCUUAUCUUUAUUUAAAAUCAAUUAACACGCUCUCUCGGUUAUCAAUCUCACCAUACCAGUUAUUAACAUUACAGUACUGUACUGCUCAGACUCUUGUUCAUUUAUCCUUCAUAAUGGCAAAUGAUACUUCUUGUUGCAUGCAUAGAAAUAUCUAUAACUUAGAUAUAAUUAUUUAUGGCAUGUUGAAAAUGGCGGCAAAAUUAGGUCCUCUGUCCUAUUUACUUUAUCUAGCAUUAUAUUAUUAUAGAACUGGGAGAUUUGAUAAAACGCUACAUAUCACAUUUAUCACUAAACAGAGAUUAUUGCAGACCUUUAUAAUGUAUGGUGAAACUCUUGACAGGCAAAGAUACAAUAAAGCUGUAGGUAAUCUACCUUUGUCUCGAGGAAUGAAGAUAGCCUGGGUAGACCAUGUGUAUUUAUUUAAAAAUAUCCCCUUUAUUGAAGAAUUAUGUUUAGAACAGUUUGUGAGUCAACAAAACGGAGAGCCAUUUUUAAUUGUACCACCGUUUGUAAUGGUUGAGAUGUUGUCCGUGUUAUCUCACUAUAGACUAGGUAAUAGAUCUCAGUGUUUACAGUCACUGACAGACCUACAGACACUGCUGCUCUAUGAUGAUGGGACACAUGUGACUUUAUAUCUAAGAGACAUAUCCUGGCAGAUACUAGGAAUCUGUCAACAUGUUGUGGGAGACUUACACGGGGCUUUAGAGUCUUUUGAAGAGUCGCCCAAACAUGUACAAUUCAACAGAAUACAAGAAGCUACAGCUUAUAGAAUAGAAUGUGUUAAACAACAAUUACAGAGAUAUGUGUACAUGUGA